UGUUUUUCUAGGAGAAAUUAUUUUGGGUUGUUGCAGAGGAAGAGAUGCGGGCUGGGAAACUGGUCGGAUGUGUCGGGUGCUCGUUUGCUCGACGAGCCUCCCAUUGGAUACCUAGACGACAUUACAAGGUGGAGAAGUUUAAUUUUGAAACUAUGGAUCCACUUCCACUGCCGUACAAAAAGCAUCCGAACGACGAACUACUUGAGCGAACCGAGGGAUACAUAGCCAAAUUCUUUCCUCCGGGAAAGCCGUACAAAAAGCAUCCGAACGACGAACUACUUGAGCGAACCGAGGGAUACAUAGCCAAAUUCUUUCCUCCGGGAAAGUUCGUGAGCAUAGAAACUUUAAAUAAGUACCAGUCAAGUUGGGACGUGUCUGUCGGUGGAUUCAGGAGGUGGUAUGCUCGGAGAGAGUACCAGAUGUUGCUUGAAGAUCAGCAGUUUAUUGAGCAGAGACACAGUGCUCUCGGCUACGAUCUGGCCUCAGCCCAUUUCCUUCUCCAUCGUUUCGGAUCUGUCAAAUUCGUAGGGAAAGAUUGGCUAGUCGCCGGCGAAAAUGCGGAUUUGCCGGAAGACUUCGACCGACAUUUCAGAGUAGAAGCGAUUGAUAUAUCCGGCACGCAAAUAACCUACGAAGGCUUAGAAAACUUGAUGCAAUUGCGGCAUUUGAGAUGGCUGAAUUUGAGUGAUUGUCCUCACGUGGACGAUUUUUGCAUGGAUCAGAUAACAGCGGAAUACGAGGAGUCCUUGGAAUACCUGGAUAUAAGCGGUUGCAAAAGUAUUAGCGAGCGAGGAGUCGCUGCCGUUGUGAAGUUAAAAAAUUUGAAGAUGCUCAAAAUGGAUCGGUUGCCGAAAUGCCAAAAUCUAAAUCUUCUUUGCCUGAUGCUGGAAGACGUGAACCCGAAUUUGAAAAUAGAGGCUGGGGUAAAUUACAUGGACCCUGUUUUAUUGGAGGAGCAGAAAGUCGAGUACAAAUUCCUGGAUCCUCCUCCUCCUGAAUUACCGUUCUUAUGGCUGAAUUUGAGUGAUUGUCCUCACGUGGACGAUUUUUGCAUGGAUCAGAUAACAGCGGAAUACGAGGAGUCCUUGGAAUACCUGGAUAUAAGCGGUUGCAAAAGUAUUAGCGAUCGAGGAGUCGCUGCCGUUGUGAAGUUAAAAAAUUUGAAGAUGCUCAAAAUGGAUCGGUUGCCGAAAUGCCAAAAUCUAAAUCUUCUUUGCCUGAUGCUGGAAGACGUGAACCCGAAUUUGAAAAUAGAGGCUGGGGUAAAUUACAUGGACCCUGUUUUAUUGGAGGAGCAGAAAGUCGAGUACAAAUUCCUGGAUCCUCCUCCUCCUGAAUUACCGUUCUUACCGAAUUUGAAAAUAGAGGCUGGGGUAAAUUACAUGGACCCUGUUUUAUUGGAGGAGCAGAAAGUCGAGUACAAAUUCCUGGAUCCUCCUCCUCCUGAAUUACCGUUCUUGUCAAUCCACGAGAUGAACCUCGACCCGGAGCGGCUGAUAAUGCACAAGAUCGAUUUCCAUUACGAAAUUGAGCCCCGACUGUCUGCGCAUCUGAUGCUGGGGGACUGGGUCCCACCGGGCUACGAGAACUACGUUCCGCCGCCUAAUUUGCGUCGAAUCCUGGCUGUGCGAAACGGAAAUGGCAGUAUCCAGAUGCUUGGGAAAAUGGAAGACCUGGUGCAGAUCGGAUGCGGAAAUGAUGAGGGAAAAAGGCAAGCAAUUAGUUCUACGAGUGUGAUACAAGAGGAGGAAAUUAGCGAAGCUGCGACGAAGGAUGAUUCGUCUGAAUUGCGGGAGAAGAGAAGAAUUAGUGCCGAAAGCUGAGAUACUGGAUAGA